AUGUCAACUGCUGACGAAAGUGAGGAUAAAAGCCGAGUUAUAAGUUUCAAUUUAGACGUAAGAAACAAUAUUAGAUAUGUAGGUAUAUGCAUAUACGACAUAUAUAGUAACGAAUUUUCUUUAUGCGAAUAUAUAGAAAAUGAACAUUUUACUGUUCUAGAAUCCAUAUUACUACAAACGAGGCCUAGUAGUUUUUUAUAUUUAUCUAAUAAUGAGAAAGUAGAUGAGAAAAGGAUUCAUUUGAUAUUAAAUUUAUGCGAUAUAAAAUAUAAGGAGUUACCAAAAAUAUUUUAUGAAUCAGGUUGUAUAGAAAAUGAUCUUAUGAAAUUAUUAAAAGGAAGUGAUAUAAAACAUUGUGUUCAUUUCUUAACAGAUCUACAACUAGCUUGUAAAUCUUUAUGUAGUAUAAUAAAAGAUUUAGAUUUAUUAAAUGACAACAGUUCAAUAAACAAAUGUAUUUUAAAAAAUUAUCAUAUUAAUAAAUAUCUUAAGUUAGAUAAGGCUGCUAUGAUUGCUUUAAAUAUAUAUGAUGAUAUACAUAUGGAUCAUAGUAGUAAUAAAAAUACAUCAAAAACAAAUCCUUCAUCAGCUAACACAUUAACACUUUAUAAAUUCCUAAACAAAUGUAAAACAAAAAUAGGACAACGCAAAUUAUUAAAUUGGAUAAUACAUCCGAUAAGAGAUGAACAAAAAAUAAAUGAGAGAUUAGAUAUGGUUCAAAUAUUUAAAGAAGAUAAUGUUACUAGAUCUAUAAUUCAAUCGGAUUAUUUAAGAAAGGUAUGUGAUUUACAAAUAAUUAUAAAAAAAUUUAAAACUACUAGUGGUUAUCUUAAUGAUAAUAAUAUAAAUGAUAAUAAUAUAAACAAUAAUGAUAAUAAUAUGUGUGAUCAUAAUAAUAAUAGCAUGAUAAUGAAAAAAAAAAAUAACAAUAUAAUAUUCAAAGGCAAACAUUCAUGUACUCUGGAAGAUCUUGUUAAAUUAUAUGACACAAUUGUUGUUUCUAAAAAAAUAUACUACCUAUUAAAUGAUUAUAAAGGAACAAACGAAAAUACCCUAAAUAAAAAGAUACUAAAACCUUUAUGUGAUUGUCUUAUUAAGUUAGAACCUUAUUUAAAGCUUAUCGAAUUAACGAUAGAUUUUGAAGAAAUAGAAAAACAAAAUAAUUAUUUGAUAUCAAGGACAUUUGAUGAAAAUCUUGAUUUAUUGGCAACACAAAAGGAUAAUAUAUAUAAUUUAAUAAAAGAACAUAAAUUCGAAGUAGAAGAGGAUAUACAAUAUUUAAAAGGAAAACAAAUAAAAAAAAAACCAACAUCAGCUAAUAAAUUAAUAGGAGGACAAAUAAAUAACACAAAUAAUACAAAUAAUACAAAUAAUACAAAUUAUAAUAAUAUUAAGGAAGAUAUAAAAUUAGUCGAGUGUAAUGCAAAUAUAUUCCUAUUUAGAGCUGUGAAAAAAGAUAUAAACUAUAUACAAGAAAGAAAAAAUGUAUAUAUACAAGUAAGAAUGAAUAAAAAUGAAAUAUUAUUUCAUACAAAUAAAUUGAAAAAUUUAUGUAGACAAUAUGAACAUAUAUUGAAUCAAUAUAAUAUAAUACAAGAAAGUUUAGCCCAUAAAGCAAUUCAAGUAGCAUGUUCAUAUUGGGAGCCAAUAAUAACAUUAUCAAAAAUAUUAUCUGAGAUUGAUAUUUUUUGUUCAUUUGGAUUUAUAAGUUCUUCAAGUAUAUCAACAUAUGUAAGACCAGAAAUUCAAGAGAAUGGAAAUUUAUUACAUAUGAAAAAUUCUCGUCAUCCAUUAGUUGAAUCAAAUUUAUUAUUAAUAAAUAAUUUUAUACCUAAUGAUGUAUAUAUGGAUAAAGAACUUACACGAUUAAAUAUAAUUACAGGUCCAAAUAUGGGUGGUAAAAGUACAUACAUUAGACAAAUAGCUCUUAUAUGUGUAAUGGCACAUAUAGGAUGUUUCGUACCUUGUACGUUUGCAAAAAUUCCUAUACUUACACAAAUAAUGUGUCGAGUUGGAUCAUCAGAUAUACAAUUAAAAGGUAUUUCUACUUUUUUUUCAGAAAUGAUUGAAAUAUCUGCUAUUAUAAAAAACGCUGAUCAAAAUACUUUAAUCAUAAUAGAUGAAUUAGGAAGAGGAACAUCAACAUAUGAAGGGUUUGGUAUCAGCUGGUCUGUUGCUUAUUAUAUUUUAAAUACAAUAAAAUGCUUUUGUUUAUUUGCAACACAUUUUCAUGAAAUGUCAAAUUUAGAAGAUGAAUAUAAAGGAGUAACUAAUAACCAUGUUGGAGCCAAAAUUGAUACACACACAAAAAAAAUCUCUUUCUUAUAUGAAAUUAAAAAAGGAUAUGCUGAUAAAAGUUAUGGGGUAUAUGUUGCUCAAAUAGCACAAUUGCCAAAAACAGUUAUUGAUAAAGCCUUCCAAAAAUCAAAAGAAUUAGAAUCGGUAGAAAACAGACAUUAUUUUAAAAAAAAAUUAUUAAAUCAUACUAAUCAACAUAAUAAUACAAAUCAUACAUCUAAUCAUAAUAAAUACAUCUCUUAUUUAAAAGAUAUUUUCAGCGUCACAAAUGAACACGAAUUUUUAACCUCAUUCAAAAAAUAUAAAGAACAAAUCAAUAAUAUACUAAACGAUAUAUAA